UCGAAGGCAUAGAUAGCAGCCAUUUAUCCCAGCAAAGUUUGCAUUUUGACUGUUUUUUUCAUGCAGGCAAUAAAUAUUUGAAGCAAAUUUUAUUGGUUCCCAAGUGGUCAGUUAUUUUUUUCAAAACGGGAUCCAUUUAAUCGGAGCUUAGACAGAUUGACUUGAAUGUGGAAGUAGAGUGGACCAUACGUACGUAUUAUGCAGCUCAAACAAUUGUGCACUGUUUGCAGUGAUCAGUUCCUGUGGUUUAAAAAGCUCUCAGAGUCGUUUCAAGUACGAAAAUCUGCCGUUUUUAGUCAAUUUUAUUUCUUCCUUUUUGUAAAUUUUCCCAUCAAUUAUUCUCAUCUGUGGUUUUGUUGGUUUUGGAAAUAGCCAAGAAUAGGAUUAACUUGAAUUAUCCUAGAGUUUGAGGGAGAGAGCAGGUUUGCUGUCAUCUGUCCCUUAAAUGCUCAUUGCAUGAAUAUUUAUGAGACCUACCAAAGUGGUCCAUUAAAAAUUGGUUUUAGUUCUGUGCUAGCCAGCCAACUGCCAAAUAUUGCGCAAUUUCGCGUGAGCGAGUAAGACUAAUUUUCGUAUAUAUUUCAAGUGACAAAAACAAAUUUCUCCUGAAAAAUUGAGUGUAAAAGAAAAAGUGACAGAUUUGAUAAUAAUAAUAGUGCAGUGGUUCUUCGUCUUGUGAGUGCUGCUAAACGACGACCAUUUGAGUUGUUGAUUUAAGGGAACGAUUACGCACAGAUUUUUUGAGACAGAACCACAUGCACAUAUUUCUACCUAACUUUGUGCAAUCCAAUAAUCCCUUUGAUACAGGGAAUGCAGUCAAAGAAAGUGGUGAGAUACUGCCAAUACAGUAAUAUGAGGUGAAAGAAGAGUUGAAUUUCACUCUCAAUUUGUAAGGACGGAUGCAGCAGCAGCAGGCGUGGUGAUGUUAUUUGUGAAAUACACAUUCCUUUGUACGAAGUAAACUUCAAAUCGAAAGGGCAUCGGAAAAAAUCCUUCAGAGAGAAAUAAAAACUGGUCAAAUAAUGGCAGAGAUCAUUAUUUUCGUACAGAUCGUUUUUCUCAAAUUUCACCAAGUUCUUCCAUUUAACUCGUGGCAAUAAAAAAAUAACGAAUGUUGAACAAAAUCAUCAGUCGUUGUGGACGAAUAGGAAAUGUAUACCCGAAAAAUAAAGCUGAUGACAGGAAAAAAGAAGAGCAAAUCUACAGCUCAACCAAUCUCCAAUUGGGGGCCAAGGAUUGCAUUGGCCGAAAAGGAGAAAGCAAUCUCAAGUUUGCCAGAGACCAAGUAUUGCGACGGAAGCGAUGGGGGUGGAGGUGGUGCGGACAAGAGUGACAUUUUGGUGACAGCAAGUAGAAAACAAAAUUCAUACUGCAUCAGUAACAACCUUCAACAGAGAAAUAGUCAUAAUAGAACAAAUAAUGCUCCACAUCCUCCUCCACAGAAUGGUAGGCUCAAUUACAAAAAGGUGUCCAUGUCAUCAUCUUCCAGUCACACUACGGGCUCAUCCGGCAAUAAUUACAUUUACAACUACGCAAGGAAGUCCAGCAGCGGGGGAAGUUCGCAAAAGUCGUUUUUUCUUGCUCAUCAUUCCCAACCUACGCCAUCCUCCAGAUCCAGUCAGAGAAGUUCGAGUAAUAAGACGAGCUAUGGGUCCACUUCGUACCUGUUGGGUGGAUCCCAUAAUUCUGGGUCUCACAUGACCCUUUCUACACUUUCCACCGUUGGUGAAACUCUGAGUCAACCACUAACCCUGUUGAUUCCACCAAUUACCUCGGACAGAUUUGCGGAGCGAGAAGGCGAUUUUGAGGGUGACGAUGGAGGUUACAAUGUGAUGAUGGAGCGAGACCAGGAUUCCUUCCCAAGUACGAAAACCUACUGCAGCAGUCCAGAGGAGGAAGUAGAAAGCAGUGAAAAUGAUGAACGCAGUAAUAAUAUGAAAAAGCAACAGCAUAAACCCAAACCUUUGCCAACUAGUAGAAAGGAUAAAAUGACUAAAAAUGAUGACGUUGGCAAUGUUACGGUUCACGGGAAGCUUGUCGGAGGGAGUAGAAACCCACCUCCGGCCAAAUCGGAACAGAUUUUUGCAAAUCCAGCAAUAAAUCUUGGAAUUUUAAAGUUAUCGACGACCACACCCCUCAUCCAUCAUCAGCAGUAUCACCGACAGCAACAGUAUCAGGUGAUGCAUGAUGAAGAGUAUGACACACAUUGUGAUGCUGAGGAGCUUGGGUUAUUCAAGAAUGACAAAGGAUUGAAUAAUAUGAGACAUGGUCCAAUUGAAAAUAACGAUCGUGAGGGUGAGCACAAAUAUACUCGCUCUGAAGCAUCUAAAGUGUCAAAUGAUACAGAAUCUGCAAUUUAUGAUUUGAGAAACAUUUGUGGCAAUCCAAAGAACAAAAACAACAGCAUCGGAUCAACGAUAUCGUCUUUAGCAAAGUUAACAAUGGUCUACGUUCCGAUGGAGUCACUCCCAAGAAGUAAAUCCGCAGCUGUGCUGAACGCGUCGUUAGAAUUCGAUCCUGAUUUAUCCAAAUUGGUGGAGGAGUCACAAGAGGAACGUGAAAUGAUAGCAGAGGGGGAAAUGAAUUUCCCCACAGCUGGGGACAAAGGUGAUCCAGACAAUGACAGUCUGCUGGAGAGCUUUGAUUCCGUCAUGUUCAAUGAUGGAAGACACAGGGACGAUGGGGGGAAGGCACACCUUCAGCCAAUUUCUAGUCCUUCCUCCCUCAGUUCGGGGAGCAGCAGUUGCAACAGCAGCAGUGAAGUCACUACUCCCACUCAACCCCAGUCUCCAAAUGUGACAAUUACGAGUAUUAAUAAAAGUGAAACAAUUUCAACUCAAAUCACACAAAGUCAUGACACAGCGACGAAUUGCGUAACAAUUGCUUCAAGAAAUGGUCAAAUGAGACAAGCCAAAAGCUCCAUUGUAAUCCCACCGCCACUGCCACCCAAGAAUCCAUCCAUGAUCAAACUGAAAUCAAAACUGAAAUUCAAUGAUAAAAUGUUUGCCAACAUUGCAAAAAGAAACAACAGUUUGAUGCGACCAUCACAGUCGUUUCCCUCACCACCCUCGGCGUCUCAGCGAGAGAUGAGUAUUCGUACAGCCGUGGAAAACCUUGAAAACAUAAUUCGACCACAGUCCACGUCCCCAAAACCAUCUGAAUCAGCCAGCGGUGCAAACAAAGACCACCAAAAGUUAAUGAAACCACCGCAAAAGGCCAACAAAAGAGUCACGUUAACCUUGCCAAAUGAAUGCCUGUCCAAAGACGAACAAGCAGAGCUGUUGUUACUAAAUAAUCUAAUAAGAACUGAUACGGACACUGAAAUCGACGCUUACUCAAGCACAUUUCUUACUUGUGGCCACGUCCUCAAGGAAGAUGAUUACUCGACACUAUCCUCAACUCACUCUCCUCCAAUUAUAUCGACCGUUGCUGCUGCUGGGGAAAACAUGCAUGAUUUUCGCGACCACCACGAGUCCUUUCCAUCUUCCUCGUCCGAAAUAUCCCCCACACUUACGAAUAACCCUGGCAGCAGUGGCAGCAGUGGGGGAGAGGAGACUUUCAAUAGCCCAAGUAUGGAGAAGGAGAAAAAUAGAUCAGUUUUACAGCAGUUGAGAGAACUGUCGAUUCUUAUCGGUGGUGGUGGACCAGGGUCUGGCCGUUCCGAGAAUGAUAAAUUGUUCAGCCAACUUCGUGACCAAAAAGAAAGUUUGUCUACAGGGCGACCAGAGAAUAAGACAACUGUCGUCGUCAAAAGUUUCCGACUCCAUGAAGACGAUUCUACGAGAAAACUGUCGGAUGCGACGGAUAACUCUGCAGAUUCUGGAAAAGGUUCUGGAACUGGGUCUGGAUCUACAUCGGUCUCAAUUUCAGGAUCAUCUCCAUUACAAUCCAGUCCGGAUUCUCUUCAGAUGGAUUCCGUUAAUCAGCAACAACAGCAACUGGACUGUCAUGGAGUUUCGUCUCCUUGUGUAUUCCGCUCUGAUUGCAAUGAAUGCCUAAUGUUCAAUAAACCAAGGAAAGGGUUUCAAAAGCCAAAUAACUCUGUUGAAAUUUGUGGCAAGUCUGAACCUUUAACCGGGUCAAAUAAAUCUUUAAAGAAACAGUCUGCAGGAGUAAGUAAAAAAUCAGCGCCAUCAAAGCUAAUCUUGCGUAGAAAGUCGAGCAGGUGUUCAAAAUCAUCUUCGUCGAAAGCCAGCAGCAAUAAACCGAGUAGGAAAAAGUCAAAGAAUCUCAUUUUAGAGUAUUGUGAGUGCAGCAGUUGUAAUUUUGGAAAGCACAACGAUCGUCACCCACCAUUGCCACCACUGCCAACGCUAAACUCUUUAAUUUCUACGUCAUCCGAGAAAAGUGGUGAAAGCGUUCGAAAGGUCUCCACGACCAGUUCAUCCUCGGGACAUUCCUCUUCCGUGAAAUUGAGCAGAAGCGUCGCAUUUCGCACUUCAUCCCGACUCAAUCCCAGAAACAGCAGUAAAUGUUCUCCCAUUAUUUCCAAUAGUGAAUGCAGCAAUGGAUUGUUCACUAUCGCGGAAGAAGAAAAUGCGUCGAUGGACUCCAAGCUGCGAAACAAGAGCUACAAUGAAAAUUUGAGGAGAAACGCGCAUGCAAAUCAUUCCUCCGAGGCUGGGGGCGACAUUGACGUGUUGACAAAUGGGAGCCCCCACUGGCACCCCGAUUGUUGGCUUGCCGCGGAUCCACUUCUUUCUGGUUGGAGCGACCUAGAAUCGCUCUACUCCCUGAACGCCAAGAAUGAGAAUCCGCUGAGCAUAAACGGCGAGUGUUGGACAUGUUGGACAGAAAUUUCAGAAAUUAAACGAAACAGCGAGAAUCCAAAUGGGACAGUGGAUCGCACAAAACGCAUGUUCAUUUGGCUCAAUAAGCGCCACAAGGAGUUUCAAGCGCCGUGGUGGGAGGCCAAGAAGCAGGCCUCUAUUCGCUGGGUAAUGACAAAAGCACUGAUUCAUGUGCCUAAAGAGUAUUUAAUUGAUCCAUUCAAGGAAUCCAAAAAGUCGAAGCCCAUCAAAUACCGUCUUCGGGAUGAGGUGAUUAAGGGACUAGUGAGUGGAAAGUUGUACAGUUUUGCAUUGGCAAAUUUGUACAAUGAAACGUUAGGAGCGACAAAUGGAGAUCCAGGUCAUGGACUUUGUCUCUGGGAAAUCAUCAAAAUCCUGUCUCGCCGUGGCGUCUAUGUUGCACAACCGUCCGACAUGAAACUCACUGAGGGGACCUUGAGACAGAAACCAAUCAAAAUUGCUGCUCACAUUGCCCUCAUUGAAGCAAUAAUGUGUCUCUACUCGAAAGAGAUUCUUGCCAGAGAACGCAUCAUCGCGACGCUCUUCACCUUUGGGUGCACUGUCAAAUCAGAAACGACGUCACCUGAAAAGCUGGUCAUUGCUUGGAUUAACGCAAGCGUAAUGACACUCAAGAGCUACAUCAUGAGCAGUCGGAACCAUCAACUGUCUCCAGAAAAGCAGAGCCGAUGGUUGCAAGUCCCCAAAGUCGGGGAAAUCCGCGACCUUUGCGACGGGAUUGGGAUUUGCUCCCUGUUUGCCAUUUAUUGUUCCAAUGACCUGACUCCAAUGGAAAUCUCGGUGCCUGAACUUGGGGAGACGCUGACCAUUUACGACUCAAUCAGCAACCACACCCUCGUCCAGAAGCUGUGCGAGGAUCUCUUCCCAGAAACGAUUUAUCACCUCUGUGUCACAGACUUUCUCUACAUUCACGGCUACAUGAAGCAGAAUAUUCUCUGCUUCUUGGUCGACCUCUUCAUCCACCUCGAGGUCAACCCCAUCGUGAGAGUGAAUCGGCUUACCCACGUCCCCAUUAGGGUCGACCUCGCUUAAUCUGAAGUUUGCCAAAUAGAAACUGCUGCGUUACUUAACAGUUUGUAAUACUUAAUAAUGUCGCCUUAAUCAAAUUCAAGCCACCUGCUUACCCACAGCUGAAGUAAAUAAGCAAGAGUCACGAGGAAAUAUGUAUUUAGUAGAGUAUAUAAGACUUGAUCUUCUUUAAUUUUUUGAUGCCAUUGUAGAUUUUAAUCUUGUAAAAUUUCAUUAGAAAAAGUUAAAGAGUGAGAAAAUGAUUUUUUUUGCAUUAUUUUGAAACACCGAAGGAGUGACCACUUUCUCAUCUCGUGUAUUAAAGACACGCGAUGUGUGCUCGAAUCAUAACGAAUCGAAGGCAGUGGAAAAGGAUAGCAUCUUGUUGUUUCGUGUUUCGCUUUUAAUGUCUAAUUAGUGAAUCUUGUAAAAUGGACGUGGUAAUCAUAAGCUGUAUUCCGUGUCAGAGAAAUCCUAUCCGAAUGCAAAUAAAUCAAAACUGCGGCCUUCUUUAAUGAA